GUGGUUUGACGGGCUGAGUGCGUUUGGUUUUCAUUAGACUGUCUCGACACUGACCCCCUGCCCCAUCUACAGAAACGUGAAACCAGCCCUCUGGCAGGCGCACUGUGCGAGAGCGAGCCGUGCAGACCUAAUGCAGUCUGCACUGCUUUCACUGCCCGGUCCGCAGGCUGGACUGCGCUGCUGCACACAGCACCACACACUAACCGUAUAGUAACGAACCACCGAAACGCGCAAUGGCCAAGAAGAAUCUCCACGGGCAUAGACGGUAAUCUUCUGUAGUGUUCGUUGAGGGAUUAUUUGGCGCUUUUCCCACUGAAGGUGUGAUAUCGCAGCCAUGGUGUUCUGUCAGAUUCCCAGAAGUUUACGAAGAGGCGACUGGAGCCUCGCUCCUCUGGUGGCUGCUGCGCUACUCAGUCUCCUGAUGGCAGGGAUGCACCAAGCCGCAGCGUUUCCCUCCUGGAGGUUCGAGGAAGAAGCUUACACCACUGUGUUGCUCGUCGGUAUCCGCAAAGAGGCCCGGUCACAAGUGCUUCACCUUUCCAGGAACAAGCGCUACACCCUCACCCCGGAGCAGCUCAAAUGGGACAAGUUCAAGCUAACAUACAAGUUGCUCUCCUUUCCAACAAACUUGAUGAAUGCCAGUGACACACGUCGAGGCUUUGCCAAAGCUUUUGGCAUGUGGAGUGACGUCUCGCCGUUCAGCUUCAGAGAGGUGCCAGCUGACCAAGAAGCAGACAUUAAGAUCGGAUUUUACCCUAUCAACCACACUGACUGUCUGCAGUCCCCCUUGCACCAUUGUUUUGAUGGCAUCACAGGAGAAUUGGCUCACGCAUUCUUCCCACCAACAGGCGAGAUCCACUUUGACGACCACGAAUACUGGAUUCUUGGAAACAUGCGCUUCAGCUGGAAGAAAGGGGUUUGGCUGACGGAUCUUGUCCACGUGGCAACUCAUGAAAUUGGCCAUGCCCUGGGACUCAUGCACUCCAUGGACCCGAAAGCUAUAAUGCACCUGAAUGCAACUCUGACAGGGCGCAAGCUAAUCACACAGGAUGAUGUGUGGGGCUUGCACCGUCUCUACGGAUGUUUGGACCGGCUAUUUAUCUGUCCAGCCUGGACUCGUAAAGGCUAUUGUGACAGCAAGCGCAAACUGAUGCAGAAGCACUGCCCCUCCAGCUGUGAUUUCUGUUACGAAUUCCCUUUCCCCACUGUGGCUCCCACCUCGACUCCCCCGAGGACCAAACACAAAUUGGUUGUCGAAGGCAAGAAGCUUACUUUUCGUUGUGGCAAGAAAAUAGCAUCAAAGAAAGGCAAAGUAUAUUGGUACAAAGAUGGGGAGCUGCUGGAGUUCUCUCACCCAAACUACAUCUCCUUAAAAGAUGACCAUAUUACUAUAGUGGCCAAUGCUAUCAACGAAGGCACAUACACCUGCGUUGUGAAGAAAAAAGACAAAGUUCUCACCAAGUACUCAUGGAGGGUACGUGUGCGCUUCUAAAGGCCACAUCUCCUUUGCACAGUAAACAGACAUUCACACACACACAGUCACAAGGAGACCUCAUUUACUAGGGCACAUAUUUGUUUUUUGAAAAAUGUCUUUUCUGUCUGUGUCUUCCUCAAGCUGUCUACCGCUGGUUGUCAUCAUGUAAAUGCCGUUUAAUAUGUGCAUAUAAUAAAUGUUCCGUGACAAGUAGUGUUUUUGGGAAAAUACCCACUGUGAAAAGCUGCUCAUGUCAGAUGUCUGAUGAAAAAUCUUUGCAGCCCUUGUUAGCUGUUUGGGACAAUGUUUACUCUGGAUUCAUCAAGCCUGGACUUCCUCAAAGCUGCUGCGAGAAAGGCAGCGAUGGGGUCCAAAGGGGUUCUUGGGAUGUUCCUAGAAAAACGGAGACCGAUUAGCAGGAUAGUGAUAUGCUUCAUUUCAAAAGAUAUUAACACAGUUGGAUAAUUCACUACUGGAUUCUACAAACUCCUGUAGCCCGCUGGAAAAUGUCAUCCAUUUUUUUUUUCAGGGGCCUGAAAAAGUCACAGAAGCUCUCGUUUGAAUAAUUGACACAUUGAUCAAACUAAGCUACUAAAGCCAGAAUAAGCAAUGUUGUCUACAGCCUUUAGACCUUCGGCUGCAUAUGGAACACCUCAGACGUCUGCUUACUUUACUAGCCUCAUAGUGAAGCCAGCAGUCUGUCUCCUGAGACUGAGCAGUCAGCUCCACUGGCAGUUCUUCUUCCAAGCUUAGUCAACACAUCAGGUGUAAUAAUCUGCUGAGGGGCUCAGGAGGGGGCAGGGGACAGAUAAAACUGAUAAAUGAACAUUUCCAUUUAGUGCUGGCUCUAGAGGUCCAAAGACGAGGGUACUUUUCUGUGCCAGUUCAACUAAAAGCAGCAAUGUGGCCUUGCAAGGAACAAAACUGCAUUAUUUAUUUUUCGUUGGCUCAAAAUCAAAAAUUUUAUUGAUUUAAUGCUCAUCACAGAGCCAUUUGAAAACAAGGGUAGAGCAAAGUCUGGGCCUCUUCUCCCCUGAAAGAACAAAGUACUGAGACAAAGUGUGUGGUGCAAAGAAUGACAUCACUGUUGGACAGUGAUUACUAAGUUGGGUUCAGGCUGGAGUUUUUUUUUUUUGGCUCG